AUGGCUGCACAACAACAAGAACUAGAUGAGAAGAACCCAUUCUAUGAGUUAGUUGUCAUUUGUAGUACUUCUGGUCAAUUUGACCAAACCGUCAAUUCGUUCAAAGAUAUUAUAAAGAAGUCUAAGUUAGUAUGUAUAAAAGACUCUGAGUUGUUAGAUUGGAUAAAGAAGUACCAAAGAAGAGUUUUGAAGUACAAUGCUAUAAAUGAGUAUGUCAAUUCGAAGUUUAAAGACCCAAAUGAGGAAAUGCAGAGAAUAUUAGAGAAGAAACACUUCAGAAACAAACAGAAAGAGAUAGAAUACAUUUCGAAGAAAUUGCAAUCUUACGAUUGGAAGACUUACCCUCAUAGAUGUCUUCUUAUCUUAGAUGACUUUGCUUCUCAUCCUUUGUUAAAGAACAGAGAACAAGACAUGUGUCGAAUUCUCAAGAAGCUCAGACACUUUAACAUUUCAGUUGUCAUUUGUGUACAGACAGCCAAGAGUUUAAGUAAGGAUGUAAAGAGAAUACUUACUGAUAUCAUACUUUUCCCUGGAUUGUCCGAAGACGAUUUCAUGGAACUUAUGAAAGAGUCCAUGGCAGGUAAGUUUGACAGACAUGAACUAUGGGAGAAGUACAAAGUCAUACAAGACCCUCAUACUUCUUUCAGAAUUCAUAUCUACGCAAACAAAGUUCAAAUUGUAAAAAGUCAAGCUUGA